CCCAGUCCAUUUCCUUUCUCAUCAUCUUCUUCUGUUCCAUUUAUUUGGACGAGAGAAAGCCAGAGAAACAGAGCACACACGGAGCGCUCGGCCAAAAAUUCCAAAGCUCCAAUCUUGAGCCCUAGUGAUCCAAAAAUCCCGUAAGUAAUGCCUAAUUCAUCUAUACAUCGUGAUUUUUUAUUUAGAGCUUUAAAACGAGUUUUUGGUUCACGAAUUUCUUGAAUUAGGGUUUCGGAGUAUCCGGAAGCCGGAUUGAGCCCAAAUUUCAUAUACGAGCUUCCUGCACCGAGGUAAUCAAUCCUCUAGUUCUAAUCCCUGAAUUUCGGCAAUUAUUUAGGUCGGGGUCCAAAUCGCUGAAUUUAGCUCCGGCCAGGGUUUGAUGUGUUUUUAUCAAGAAUUUGACCCGGAGCCUAGAACUAAUAUUGACGGGGAUAAUGCAGGGGAUAUUAGGAAGGUCUCGGAUUUUAAUUUGGAGUUCAUUGGUGAAAUUGACGUUUUAGUACGGGAAGCUUAAAUCGGUGUUUGAAUGGCCAGAACUGGCAAGGGAUUAGCACGGCAUACCGGUUUGUCGUAUCACGAUAAUUAUAUUGAUGCUUAGAAUUGACCUAGGUGAAUUAGAAUGGCAUGAUUAGGGGUGUAUGAACUUUUAUGCUAUAUGAUGAACCAUGGAUUGUGGUAUGAUAUUAUUGACUUGCCUUAGCCGAUAUGGACCUUGUUUAUGUUGAUGAUUGCGAACAUGUUGCCGUUUGUGGCUUAACCGUUGAUAUGAAUUCAUGGUUAUUCGAUAAGGUGUUUUGGCAUGAUGUAAUAUUGUGGUUGUAUUUGGAUUCACGAGUGGGGGGAAAUAAACUUCCCACGGUGAUAUUAUGAUGUUUAAGGAGGAUGACUUGCACGAGGGUUUAUCCCGAGGAAGUGCAAUUAUACGACUCAUGAUUUACCUAUGUUGAGCCAAUUAUGGCCAGGUCAAGUGCAUGUGCAAGUAAUGAAUUAUGAUUAGGCAAGAUUAAAUAUGAAUCAUGUAUAAGGAUACCAAAUAUGAGUGUUGUGGUCUCACGGUCAACUACAUAGUAAUUAGGGCUCCCUAUUCCAUUACUCUAUUAUGAUAUGUAUGAUAGUCACACCUCUCAUGUGGUUAUGACUGAAGAAUUCUUAUGAGAUAUGACCACACCCAGAGCGGUGUCGGGGUAUGACUACACCCAUAGUGGUGUCGGGGUAUGACUACACCCAUAGUGGUGUGGGGUAUGUAUGACCACAUCCAACGGGAUGUUGGGGUAUGUAUGACUACAUCCGACGGGAUGUGGGGUAUGUUUCCCGAGAGAGUUAUUAGCAUGGGAGUAGCUAGGACCCUAUAAGUAAAACAUGAUAAGAUGCAUAUGCAUAAGUCAAGGUGGUUGAGUCGUUUUCCUAUUGGGAUGUCGGAUACUUGAGGUCUGAUCCUAGUGCUUUGGCUUGUUUUCUAGAUGUAUGGUAGGGGUAUGCUCUGUUAUGAACUCACGAUGCUAUGAUUAUCUCAUUAAGCUAUGAGCUGACCCUCUUUUAUUCUUUUAUUCUGCUUAUGCUAUGUGUAAGUAGAUCAUCAUCAUCAACAGUAGAUAAGUGUUAGGUGGGAGAGGAGCUAGAGUUGAAGGCAAGAUGAGGUAUGGUCUUCAACUUUUCUGUGCUUGGACUACUACUCGGGAUUUUGGCCAGUGAUCCACACCUCUUUUUGUAAAAAUAUUUUGAGAACAUUUUUUAUGUGCAUACUAGCUUCUGAUAUAGUGUGAGAUAUCCACAGGUGUGGAAAGUUGAUGAUAUGUGUAUAUUUAUGUGGUUGUGUAAGUUAUGACGACUAUGAUAUGUAUUAGUAAGGUAUGCAGUUGUGGAGUAUAAAACUGUGCCUAUGGCUAUGAAAGCCAAUGUAUAUGGUUGUGGUUAUAUAUGUUUGUUUAUGGAUGCAGGGAUUCAGAUAAAUUAUUUUGCAGGUUUUAGUUACAAGAACUGUUAGCCCAUUACGCGAGUAAUUCAUGUCGAAAUUUUAUUUUGGUAAAUUUUGAUAAUUAAUGUAACACCCGAGAUUAUUUCCGCUGCAAUUGUAUGUACAAUAUGAUUAAGUAAUACGUAUAGGGUAGGGUGUUACAGUUUGGUAUCAGAGCCCGGUUCCCUCUUUUUGUUGUUAUGGCGUACUAUACCCUAUGGGAGGUUAAACACUCCUAAGGAGAGGAGUACCCCAUAAUGACUUAAACUGGGAAUUGAGUUUGACAUGAUUAUGUGUAUUGGUAUAUUGGAUGAAAUUACCUGCAUCAUGAUUUUCAAAAUUGAGUUUUGAACUUAUUUGUUUUCAAGUAAUUAUUUUGGGGAAAAUUUUGUUUUAACCAAGUGAGAGAUUUGGUGAAGAAUGAAUUUUGUGUGGAUCAAUCUAAGGCCAAUAUUUCCUUGUAGCUCGCACGGAAGUUGUCAUAAUGUUCCUACUGACCAGUCAAGAGGAGUGGAGGCGGUUGAUGCAAGACCGCCAGUAUUAGACUAUGCAAAGAUGAAGAGUUUGGGUGGUAGGGACUUCAAGGGAGAUGUGAGUCCAGAUGCUGUAGUAGAGUUGUUGAGAGAGAUGGAAGAUGUGUUUGAGUAUCUUUAUGCAACCCCAGAGGAAAAAGUGCAGUAUGUUGUUUUUCUCCUAAAGGGGUACGCGAGGAGCUGGUGGUCCUCAGUCUCUAGAGUUAAUGGUGAACGAGUUCAGUUCACCUGGGAGGAGUUCCUGAAGGCCUUUAAGACAGAGUUUCUUCCCGAAGCUUUUAUCAGGGCAAAGAAAAAUGAAUUCACCAACCUUAAGCAGGAGAAUAUGACAGGUACUGAGUACACCAUCAAGUUUGUUCGACUACUUUACUUUGAAGAUGGGUUGGCGGAUACUGAGCAUAAGAAGAAGAUGAGAUACUUGCAUGGUCUGCGCAUAGGAUUGAAAGAAAAGAUCCACAUGGUUGAUGAAGAGAGCAUGGCCACUAUCAAGGAGGCAACACUUAAGUAUGAAGCCUAUGAAGUUGAGGGUAGAGAGGAAAACAAGGCCAAAGAAGAGAAGAAGAAAAGGAAGUUUGGAGUGAGUUAUGUUGGACCUCGUUACCUACCCAGGAGAGGUCCUAGCAGUUUUGGGAGAACACCGAGUCAAUCUAUGUCGGGAACAUCAUACAUGGCACCAAUUUCCUCAGCCACACAAUUUCCAUUUUGUCAAGUUUGUCAGAAGAGGCAUCUUGGAGAGUGUAGGAGAUUUUCUGGUGUAUGCUUUCACUGUGGCCAACCUGGGCACAUCAUGAGGGACUGUCCGCAUUCGAGAGAAGUAAGAGCUAUACAGUCCGAGCCUUCAGUGCAAUUUAGUAGAUCCCCAUUCACGGGUGGUUACCAGGGAGGCCUUAGUGGAUUUCAAAGUGGUCGUGGUUGUUCACAGGGUGGUAGAGGUGGUGGUCGAAAUCAGCCAUCAGGAACUGUAGAACACCAUUAUGUUGGGAUGUAGAAGGAGCAAGUCAAAUCUCAGGGCCAGAAAUAGUUUAGAUCACAAUUGAUAAGGUCAAGGAAAUUAGGGAGCGUUUGAGGGUGGCUCAAGAUCGACAGAAAGUUUAUGUUGACACGAAUAGGCGUGAAGUUAAUUUCGAAGUGGGUGAGAAAGUAUUUCUCAAAGUGUCACCCUGGAAAGGCGUAAUGAGAUUUGGUAAGAAAGGGAAAAUUGCACCUCGGUAUAUUGGACCAUAUGAAAUCACAGAGAAGAUUGGACCAGUGGCAUAUAAACUAGCAUUGCCUCCAGAGCUAUCCCAAAUCCAUAAUGUAUUUCAUGUUAAUAUGCUGAAGAGGUACAAAGUGGAUCCUUCCCAUGUUAUACAACCAGAAGAUAUCGAGUUGGGUCCAGAUUUGACAUUUGAAGAGGUUCCAGUUGAGAUUGUUGAUUUUUAGAUUAAGACUCUUCGUAGGAAGGAAAUUCCAAUGUUGAAGGUUGUGUGGAGGAAUCUAGAAAGUGAGAGUGAUACAUGGGAGACUGAAGCAAGUAUGCGAGAGAAGUACCCUGAGUUGGUAGCGACAUACUUUGCAGGUUAACAAUCUUGCUUAAAAAGUUAUGUUUUGAACUUGCUGAUGUGCUUUUGUUGUGGUAGCCCAGUAUAGGUUUUUGAAACCUAAACAUGGGAACUUGAGGUGUUAUGUGUUUAUUUAUGUACUUCAUAUCUCCUAACCUAAGAGUUAGGUAAUGGUUUAUCUACGAUAGACCAUGUCAAGGGUAAGUGAGCGGACUAAGGGUACAACUCAAGGUUAGAUUUCUGGGGCGAAAUCUUUUAAGGAGGGGAGAAUUGUAACAUCCCGUUCCGGCAAAACCCAUAUUUCGAUCGCUAGAAAGUUCGCGAUUUAAAAUCGAGUAUUUUGAUAGUAUUUCGGCGAAAAUCGAAAUAUCGAUCGAUCAGAUAAGUAUACAUAUUAAUUAUAUAUAUAAUUAUAUUUAUAUAUAUAUAACAUCAAGAGGCCACUUAUAUAAAUCCCCAAUCCAUUUCCUUUCUCAUCAUCUUCUUCUGUUCCAUUUAUUUGGACGAGAGAAAGCCAGAGAAACAGAGCACACACGGAGCGCUCGGCCAAAAAUUCCAAAGCUCCAAUCUUGAGCCCUAGUGAUCCAAAAUCCCGUAAGUAAUGCCUAAUUCAUCUAUACAUCGUGAUUUAUCGAUUUAGAGCUUUAAAACAAGUUUUUGGUUCUGGAAUUUCUUAAAUUCCCGAUAAGCCAAAUUAGGGUUUCAGAAUAUCCGGAAGCCGGAUUGAGCCCAAAUUUCAUAUACGAGCUUCUUGCAGUGAGGUAAUCAAUCCUCUAGUUCUAA